AUGGCGAAAAAGGCGAAGCUCACCGAAGAUGAAAAGCAACACCUCGAACACCACUUUCACGAAGUUCGGGACCACGCACUUCGUCGGUGGUAUAAGGACGCGCAUGGCAACGAUCCACAGCUCAAAGCUGUUGCUCAAGCAAGGCUACAGCUGCAGAUCUGGCUUAGAGAAAAGCGGGGAGAAAUCACAACGCUACAACAACAGCGUGAUGCAUGCAAGGCUGACAGUGAUACCGACGGAGUAGAAACUGUACGAAAGAAGUUAAAGCACGCUCAUUGUGCUUUAGCUAUGCAUAUGAAGAUGUCGAAGGAAGGAAUACCGACUUCCACCACUGAGAAAGCCCGCCGGCGAUGGAGUGAGAGAACCUACAGUCUUGAAGAUGUGUUGCGCGACCGGGAUUUAGACAAAGGGUCUGAUUUCGGUGUGAAUCGCGACAAUAUGUUUCGUUCAGUUGUAGAGGAAGAAGAUAGUGGCAUGUUACUCGCAGGAAGUCUAGGAGACAUGCAGCUGGAAGACGAAGAUGGUGGAAUAACACUGGAGGACUGGGACGAGGGAGAUGGCUCGAGCGAGCUUAUAUCAGAUCCGACCACUAUAUGGAAACAACACGCUCUCCAUAUACAGCAGCGUUGUAGACGUAUCGGGCUUCCGGAUUUUACAGUGGGAACAAGGCUCGCUUUCCAAAAGAAGAUCUUUGAUCUACACGUAGACCGCGAACGCCAGCUUCGCGAAGCUACUAAGAGUAGUUCAAAGUUUGAUACAGAUGCGCAGUAUCCUCUCCGCGAGGGUACCAGUGCAUCUUGGAAUGCAGUCUUAGCCGCAGCGACAUUCUCGGAGCAUAGCCUAUGGGAACUUACUUGCCCUAUGCUUUGGCGUCAUUUUGAGAGUGGGCGUAGCUUCGACCACCCUCAAUGGGUUCCCAAUGGUCUCAUGCGUAUCCAGACCGUCUCAAAUGCGUCCUAUGUCUUCUUUGAAUUCGGUACGCGUUCGUUCAGUACGAAUCGGAUCUCUAUCCCGGCGACUGUCAACACUCGGGCACUGGUGCUUUCUGCCCGGUGCCACCAGACGAGGGCAAGCAUUUACUUUGAGCUUUCGUUUCUUGCUCGAAAUUUCGUUGAGGUUCGAUUCCCAAUAACCGCAAUUCUUCAAUUCGAUGGGUCGUGCAUGACUCCUUCUACUAAAGCUGUCAAAUUAAAUGGCGUGUGGAUGGGGCCGGUUCAUUGA